GGACGGAAGUUCCCGAGGCUUCCGGUAGUUUGCUUGGAGGGAGUUAUGGCUAAACAUCAUCCGGAUUUGAUAUUCUGCCGCAAACAAGCUGGUGUUGCCAUCGGGAGACUGUGUGAAAAAUGUGACGGCAAAUGUGUGAUCUGUGACUCCUAUGUGCGCCCCUGCACUCUGGUGCGAAUAUGUGAUGAAUGUAACUAUGGUUCUUACCAGGGGCGCUGUGUGAUCUGUGGAGGCCCAGGAGUCUCUGAUGCCUAUUAUUGUAAAGAAUGCACCAUCCAGGAGAAGGAUAGAGAUGGUUGCCCAAAGAUUGUCAAUUUGGGGAGCUCUAAGACAGAUCUCUUCUAUGAACGCAAAAAAUAUGGCUUUAAAAAGAGGUGAUCAGUGGGUGGCCCCUGCCUCCCCCAUCAAGCUGCUGCAGCUGCCAAGAAAGACGCCUACUAUCACCAGCAGAAAGGGAGCAGAGCCCAGCAUGUCACCAAAACCACCUGCUAGUGUGUUGGCCCCUUGCCACCCUUUCCUCCCCUCACCCAGACAAGGGUGGGGAUGGAAAAGGAUUCUUCAUAGUGCACUGACAGACAGUCCAAGAAAAACUAAUUGGUUAUUUAAUGGUUUUUCUUGAAUUUGAGAAGCAAGACUCUGUUCUCUAAAUUGAUUUGUCUUCUCUACACCAAGAGCUGAACAGGAAUAUCCUUGCAGUCAGCUGUCAAAGGAGCUGACUAUGAAUCUGCCCCCCAGUAAAAAGCUUGUUCUUGCAGCAGCUCUGAUGGCAGUUGUCCUGAUGACCCUUCAGUGUGUGGCAGUGAGCUAUCAGAACAAUAAAUGUGAUGUGAGCAUUUAAUCUUGUAACGCUUACCAGGUGGUGCUGGUUUCAUGUUAGUUUUCUUCUGAGAAAUUGGAAACCCUUUCUGUCGAUGUUGUUAAUAAAGUCAGUGUUUAUUUUCUGGUA